GAGGAGGAGGAGAAGGAAGCGGUGAGGAACAGAGGGACUCGGGGAUUAGAUCAACCGAUAACAAUCUCCCUUGGACAGCUCCCACGGCAAGCAGCACAGCAACAACCAGUGCCACUCCUGCUGUUACAGCCCCUGCCGCCGCCGCCGCCACCACUGCGGCUUCUGCUGUCGCACAUGCUCACCCUAAUCCUGCCCCCCCGGGAGCCAUGGCAACGGGCCUCCCAGGUCCGAGGAGGGAGCAGGCGGAGGCCGGAGGUGGGGCGAGGGCAGAGGCUGAAGCUGAGCUGCGGAGCGAGGGGCAGCCGGGGGAACCAGCGGCCGAGACCCACAGAGCAGACACAGUGGCCACAGACGGCGACAUCAUCGGAGGAAGAGGAGGAGGAGGAGGAGGAGGGGGGCAAGAGGGUGAAGAGGAUGAGUUUGGGGGGUUCAUGCAGGCGGGUGAGACCUGGGAGGACGGCUUCGCCGAGCUCCACCAAGUGUCUUGUGGGAAAGUGGAGUUUUCUGACAAAGGUGACAUGCCAUCCUGGCAAUCUGAUUGGACAGACGGUCCAUCCAACCAAUCUGAUUGGACAGCCAGUCCAUCCCACCAGUCUGAUGACUCAUGGGUUGCCUUCACCCAGGAAGGAGGCGGUCAGGCUCGUGGGGAGGAGAUAGCAUCUGGACAAUGGUGGCCUCAGAUUGCCAUCGAGGACAAGGCAGAUGAUUUGAAUGCACCAAGAGUGUUUCUAGAGGCCUUCCCACCUGUGCCGAACACGACCUUUGACUCCAUUGGAAUUCCGACACUGAAACAGCUCCUACGGGGAGCUGCAGAACAGAAGACCGCCCCCGAGGAUUAUGGGGAGAGGAGCUUGCUGGACGGCUUCCAAGACUUGAACAAAAUGUUUGGCCUGAAGCACAAACGGACUGAAUCUCCUUCCUGGAAGCAUCUCCUGACAUCUCUGCAGGUGGACGGACAUCUUUCAGCACAUCCGAGGGACCUGCCCCAAGGUCAUGACCUCACUGCUGGACAUCAUGUGGUGAGCCUGCAGGCCUCACUGGCCAGCAAGAGGAGGCUUUCAUAUGACCUGAACAGGAACCUUCUGGCGUAAAUUCCCACAAUGCAACUCUGCCUCACACACUCCCUCUCUCUGUUUGUUGCCGCAAGACCUUCCUUAACCAACACACACCACCUGGGCCGUGCUUGUUGAUGCAAGACAGAAAGAAAAUGUUGAGAUGUUUGUUAGUUAGUUUGUUUGUCUGUUUGUUUUACAGGGCUCAUGACGAUUCUGACGAUUUGGGCUUUUUAAGUAUUUUCGAUUCUGAAUCCUUCCACUCAUCUCUCACUAUUGACGUACAAUCAUAACAGUGCCAUGCUACCAUUUGAUUUAUUUCUACUUAGAGAAAAGAGAAAGAGUGAGGACUGCUAAAACCAUUGAGGCCAAUGAAACCCAUCAUCGGGAUAUUUUUCAGUCAUCCCUCAAUUCAUACCUUGGAUUAGUUCAUGUGUCAGCGCCAAUCUAGACAACUGGGUUAUCUGGGUCAGUCCUGGCCCUGAUCUGGCCCAGUCCUGGCACCGAUUCACCAUAAACUGCUAUGUAGGUGCUGCCGUCUCUUGCAUCAACACCUUAAGCACUCAACACUAAGUGAUAGAUGUAUCUUAAUAAAAAAAAGAGAAGUAUUUUUCGAUAGAGCUUUUUAAGGAGCAGCACCUCACUUCACUCAUGACAUCUUGUAUAAUAGCCAACUGUGUCUGGCUACUGUUUUCCAUUGCAAUCUUGAAACAUUCAUACUGUACAGUAUAUUUGUGAAAGUAUGGAGGACUUGCUUUUAUCGCAGUUUUAUCAACAGGCUUGAAUUUAAAUGCAGUGCCCUAUGAGGACAAAGAUUUAAGACACACAGGACUGCUGCGUGUCUGUGCAGAAGAUGUGAACAGAAAAGCAUUCAUGUUCCCCCCCAAGAGUCCGAUGAGCUCCUGUCCCUAUGUGAAUGUCUGCAGUGCCAUGUAGUGUGGAUUAUUGAACUCUCAAGUGUUUGUGUUAUAUUUUUACAUUCAUUCACCAAUGAAACAAAAAAAAUAAAAUGUUCGGGGUUGUUUGAAGGGUAACUUUGAACAUUUUAAAUUAGGCUUGUUAUUGAUGUUGAAACAGCGGAAAGUGUUAUGUGGCCACGUAGUUUACAAUUUGUCAUCUUUGAGACCAAAUUAUAUUCCUAUUUCCUUUCAUUGUCUUGCUGAAGUUUCAUUUGGGAUUAUUAAACUUUUUAUGAGCACCUA